CUUGUCUGGUCGCCAUCUUGAAAAUUCUUAAAGAAAAUAAGGUUUUCUUGUUAAUCGACGAAUUAUCUCUAGUUAAUCUUAAAAAUAAUACACGAUGUCUGACAGCGAGGACUCAAAUAUAUCUGAGGAGGAGGGUGAAGAUAUCACAAGAGAAGAAGAUGACGAGGAAGACGAAGAUGAUGAAGAACUCGAUGAUGAAGAAGAUGAAGAAGAAUAUGAUGAUGAUGAUGAGGUUGAGAGCCUGCGCAGGAAAAAGAUGAAACACUCUGGCUUUAUUCUCGAAGAAGCUGAUGUUGAUGAUGAUUAUGAAGAUGAAGAAGAAGCAGAAAAGGGAUACCAUGAUCUCAUUGAUUCAGGCGAUCAUGAAGAACCUGUUGGAGAUGAUAUUUCAGGAGCACGGCGCUUACAACAAAUGCUAAGGGACAGAAAAGAUGAUGAGAUAGAAGAAUACUACAGAAAGAAAUAUGCCGAGACCAAUGACAAGUAUUACCAUGCUAAUGAGUUACAACCAGAGGUACAACAGCAGAGUCUUCUUCCUGGCGUCAAGGACCCAAACUUGUGGACUGUCAAGUGCAAGAUUGGUGAAGAAAAGGCAACAGUAAUUGGUUUGAUGAGGAAAGCAAUUGCACAGCAGUUCACAGAUGAGCCAUUACAAAUCAAGUCUGCUAUUGCCGUGGAGGGACUGAAGGGUUACAUCUACAUUGAAGCCUACAAACAGACCCAUGUUAAACAGGCAAUAGAGGGUUUUGGUACAUUGAGGCUCGGCAAAUGGCAACAACAGAUGGUUCCUAUCAAGGAAAUGACUGACGUACUAAAGGUUGUAAAAGAGGUGGUCACAUUAAAGCCGAAACAGUGGGUCAGGUUGAAGAGAGGAAUAUACAAAGACGAUCUUGCUCAGGUUGAUUAUGUGAAUACAGCAAGGAAUCAGCUCACUCUCAAAAUGAUUCCUCGUAUUGACUACUCACGCACAAGAGGAGUCCCUCGCUCAGCUGAGGAACAGGAGAAAAGGAAGAAGAAGAGAAAACCACCGCUGAAGCUGUUUGAUGCUGAUUCUGUCAGGAGUAUUGGUGGGGAGCUCUCUCAAGAUGGUGACUUUAUUCUCUUUGAAAAUAAUCGGUAUCGAGGUGGAUACCUGUAUAAAACCUUGGCAAUGUCUGCUGUCGUGACAGAAGGCAUUAAACCAACUUUACAAGAGCUAGAAAAGUUUGAGGCUGCACCCGAAGAUGUUGAACUGGAGAUGCCUGUUAAGACAAAGAGUAGUGAAGAAGCAAAACACACAUUCUGUCCUGGAGACACAGUUAUUGUUUCAGAAGGGGAGUUGGUGAACUUGAAGGGAAAAGUCAUGAGUGUUGAUGGAGAUAAGAUAACCAUGAUGCCCAACCAUGAUGACUUAAAGGAACCCUUAGAGUUCACAGCUCAAGAACUUGAGAAGCACUUCAAGAUGGGUGACCAUGUUAAAGUGAUUGGUGGUCGAUAUGAGGGUGAUACCGGUCUUAUCAUCAGAGUAGAAGACACAGUAGUCCUGUUUUCUGAUCUUACCAUGCAUGAGCUUAAAGUGCUUCCAAAGGAUCUUCAGUUGUGUUCAGAGAGAAGCAGUGGAGUGGAUUCCAUGGGUCAGCAUCAGUUUGGUGAUCUUGUGCAGCUUGAUCCACAAACAGUUGGUGUCAUCAUUCGUCUUGACAGAGACACCUUCCAGGUUCUAAACCAACAUGGAAAAGUUGUUCAAGUCAAACAUCAGGCUGUGGGCAGAAGAAGAGAGAACAGAGGUGCAGUGGCACUUGACUCAGAACAGAACACUAUUCAGGUUAAGGAUAUUGUUAAGGUCAUGGACGGGCCACAUGCUGGUCAACAAGGAGAAAUCAGGCAUCUUUACCGUAGCUUUGCAUUCAUCUACUCCAAAAUGAUUAUAGAGAACAGUGGUAUAAUAGUGUGUAAAACACGACACCUCAGCCUUGCUGGUGGAGGAAGGGCUACAACCAAUACCUUUGGUGGGUUUGGUACCUUUGCCCCGUCGUCGCCAAGAAUCAUGAGUCCAGCCAGAGACACAAGUGGUGGAGGAAGUAUGAGAGGUGGCCUUCGGUCACCCAGAAUGGGUGUAGGAGGACGAGGAAGAGGAAGAGGUCGCGGAGGAAGAGAUUCAUCUAUUAUUUCACAGACAGUCAGAAUCUGUCAAGGGCCAUAUAAAGGUUAUAUUGGUAUCGUCAAAGAUGCAACAGAAACAACAGCUAGAGUAGAGUUGCACAGUAAUUGUAAAACCAUAUCAGUAGACAGGACACGCCUCAACCCUAUCAGUGGUCCUACCAAAGCUGGAGGUGCAUCAUCAUAUGCAAGGACACCAAUGUAUGGGUCACAGACACCCAUGUAUGGAUCCCAGACACCCAUGCAUGGCUCAAGGACACCUAUGUAUGGGUCUCAGACACCCACCCAUGGAGAUGGGAGUCGUACACCUCAUUAUGGUUCGAUGACACCGUCCCAUGAUCCUUCACGAACCCCAUUGCACGGUGGAGCCUGGGACCCAACACAGCCCAACACGCCUGCUCGUAAUGAUGAGUUUGACUAUGGGUUUGAUGCGUCCACUCCUUCCCCUGCUAAUUAUGCUCCAAACACUCCGAACCCAGCCACCCCUGGGGCUUACACAGGACCAUACACACCCAACACCCCAGGGGCUGGUAUGUACGGAUCAGAGCCGACCUACUCUCCGUAUACACAGUCCCCAUCUCCUGCAGCCUACGGUAAUCCUGUAACUCCAGGAGGUAGUAUCCCUCCCGUAUCACCGGCAUAUAACCCCCAUACACCAGGUGCUGGACUUGAAGAAGCUGGGCCAGGAGAGUGGGUGACUACAGAUAUUGAAGUUCGUAUCAACAUGAAUCACGAGGAUCCUCAGUUAUUAGACAAUACGGGUGUGGUCCGUAACGUUAAUGGUAAUAUAUGCACAGUCUAUCUAUUCGAUGAGAAGAGAGAUAUCAGUAUCCCUGCCUCUAAUAUCGACUCGGUAGAACCAUCCAAAUUAGAAAAGGUGAAAGUGAUUACAGGUGAUGACAGAGAGUGUACCGGUACCCUGAUUAACAUCGACAACGACGAUGGAAUCAUAAAGAUGGAUAAAACAGAACAACUCAAGAUCCUGCCUCUGAAAUAUCUGGCGAAGAUAGCUACUGUCACUGAAUAGUUGUAAUAGAACUAUAGCUCCUGGUGUAGUGUAUUGCAAUGAAAACGAAGACCGCUGUGUGAUAUCACUAGGGAGUCUCUCCCGUUAACUAGAUUGAAAAGAUGUUCUUAUUAUGUGAAGGGAUGGAUUUUCGUGCUAGGAGUAUCUAUUCUUGCUUUGCGCUGAAGAAGAAGAAAAAAAGGCGGAAAACAACUUACAAUCUCUCUCUCUCAUUUCAGAAAAGCGUCGCUAUUAAUCUUGCGCGCACGAAAAUAGAAAAACUGGGCCCGGUUGUACAAAGCCUGGUUGGCGCUAUCCGACGGAGAAAUCUUAUCCAGUGGAUAAAUUUAUUGGAUAACAGCAUCGACUUAUCCACUGGAUAAGGAUUUAUCCGCCGGAUAGCGCUAUCCAGGCUUCGUACAACCGGGCCCUCAAGUCUAAUUCCAAUUUUUCCGUUCGCUAAUUUCUUAGUCGCUCGCGCCACGAAAGAGCAACACUCUCCCAUGAGAAGACGAGAAGUGAAAAAAAUUCCUACUUCUCCUUCCUUCUCGCCUUACACAGAGAAUAUACUUUCUCACUGCGAAAAACCGAUGAUUGUAACAUACUAUUUCCCAUUGUGUUAUUAUUAUUGACUCGAGAAAUCUAGCAAAAAAUGGAAGGAACGCAACGCGCAAAUAUUUGUUUUCCAGACUUUCUGAUUUAAAUGUCUUAUUCUCGUUCUCAAAGACUUGAAAUUAGAAAAUUGUUGCAGUUCUUUGUGUUGUUUGUAGUCUUUAGUUUUAAUCCCCGCAUCUCCGACACCUCAAUAAUAUUUGAUGUAAUAUUAAUAGCAUUAAAAAAUCAAUCCAGAUUUUGGCAGGACUUGAGCUAACUUGAAAAUUGUUAUUCAAACAUAAACAAGCUUAUGAUAAUAAAACGGUUCUUAAUAGCGAAUAUCCUUGCUGCCUUUUUAUAGAUAUCUUAAACGAAUACCUUAGUUUACUUGAAAAUGUCCUGUAUUGUAAUAAAAACACGAAGAAUGGCUUGCAUUAAAGAAGUAUUGGCCAGA